AUGGAGCUCGGGGGCCCGGGGGCGCCGCCGCCGCCGCCAGUGCUGCUGCCGCCGCUGCUGCUGCUGCUGGGCGCCGGCCUCCUGCCCGCCAGCAGCCACGUGGAGACCCGGGCCCACGCGGAAGAACGGCUGCUGAAGAAGCUCUUCUCUGGCUACAACAAGUGGUCCCGGCCCGUGGCCAACAUCUCGGAUGUCGUCCUUGUGCAUUUCGGCCUGUCCAUUGCACAGCUCAUUGACGUGGAUGAGAAGAACCAGAUGAUGACGACCAACGUGUGGGUGAAGCAGGAGUGGCACGACUACAAGCUUCGCUGGGACCCUGCUGACUACGAGAACGUGACCUCCAUCCGCGUCCCCUCCGAGCUCAUCUGGCGGCCUGACAUCGUCCUGUACAACAACGCCGACGGGGACUUCGCCGUCACGCACCUGACCAAGGCCCACCUCUUCCACGACGGGCGCGUGCAGUGGACGCCCCCCGCCAUCUACAAGAGCUCCUGCAGCAUCGACGUCACCUUCUUCCCCUUCGACCAGCAGAACUGCACCAUGAAGUUCGGGUCCUGGACCUACGACAAGGCCAAGAUCGACCUGGUGAGCAUGCACAGCCGCGUGGACCAGCUGGACUUCUGGGAGAGCGGCGAGUGGGUCAUCGUGGACGCCGUGGGCACCUACAACACCCGCAAGUACGAGUGCUGCGCCGAGGUGUACCCCGACAUCACCUACGCCUUCGUCAUCCGCCGCCUGCCGCUCUUCUACACCGUCAACCUCAUCCUGCCCUGCCUGCUCAUCUCCUGCCUCACGGUGCUGGUCUUCUACCUGCCGUCCGAGUGCGGCGAGAAGGUCACGCUCUGCAUCUCGGUGCUGCUCUCGCUCACCGUCUUCCUGCUGCUCAUCACCGAGAUCAUCCCGUCCACCUCGCUGGUCAUCCCGCUCAUCGGCGAGUACCUGCUCUUCACCAUGGUCUUCGUCACUCUCUCCAUCGUCAUCACCGUCUUCGUGCUCAACGUGCACCACCGCUCCCCGCGCACGCACACCAUGCCCGCCUGGGUCCGCCGCGUCUUCCUGGACCUCGUGCCGCGCCUGCUGCUCAUGAAGCGGCCGUCCGUGGUCAAGGACAACUGCCGGCGGCUCAUCGAGUCCGUGCACAAGGGGGCCGGCGCCCCGCGCUUCUGGCCCGAGCCCCCGGGCGAGCCGGACAGCGGCCCCGCGCCGCCGCCGCCGCAGCCCUCGCCGGGGCCGGGCCCCCCUCCCGCCGGCCCCCGGGCCCCGGGGCUCGCCAAGGCCAGGUCCCUGAGCGUCCAGCACGUGUCCAGCCCCAGCGAAGCGCCGGAGGGCGGCGUGCGGUGCCGGUCUCGGAGCCUCCAGCCCUGCGUUCCCCGAGGGGAAGGCGCUGCCCAGGCCGACGGCCCGGCGCACGACGACGACGCCACCGCCGCCGCCGCCACCGCCGCCCCGGCCUCUCUGACCAAGGCCCCCUCGGCCGAGCUCCCGCCCCCAGACCAGGCCUCCCCCUGCGAAUGCAAGUGCAGGAAGGGGCCCGGGGUCCCCAGCACGGCCCUCCAGGCCCCCCGAGCCAGAGCGCCGCCCCCGCCCCUGUCUCCGGCCCUGGUGCGGGCGGUCGAGGGCGUCCAGUACAUCGCGGAUCACCUGAAGGCGGAAGACACGGACUUCUCGGUGAAGGAGGACUGGAAGUACGUGGCCAUGGUCGUCGACCGCAUCUUCCUCUGGGUAUUCGUCAUCGUCUGUCUGCUGGGCACCGCCGGCCUCUUCCUGCCGCCCUGGCUGGCCGGCAUGAUCUAGGGGCCAGGGCGCCGGGUCGCAGCGGCUCUCGGGCUGUUCUCGGCUCUCCGCGGGGCUCCCCGCACGCGCCAGAUUGCCCCCCUUCUUCUGCUGCGAGGCGGCCUUGGAGGAAGCUGCUGCCCCUGGGGGAGGCCGGCUCUGGGGCCGGUCAGGGCUUGUCCACAUGCAGGGUGGUGUCCCUGCUGUCAUUAAAGUGUAUGGGGGGCA